UCCAAAAUCUUUAUUUCCCCCACAUCUCAUCUAAACUGGUUGUGUAAAAGGUGGAGAUUUUGUAGCUUUCUAAAUCCCAUGGAUAAACUUUUCUUACUGCUAGUGAUUUAAAAAAUACUCUUUAUUUUAAAAUAAAAUAAUGAAUACUGUGAUGAUUUUAAAAACAGGGUCCUAGCGGCAUGCAAGUUCAAACCAUCUUGUUUUACAGUUUUAUAUGUAUGUUUUCCUCAAACAACCUUUGUGGUAAAGUAUUAAAAAUUCAGGCUUGCCUGGUAGGGCAAGUAAAAGAUAGCUCCUCAGCAUGCUGGCUGAGGAAUUCUGGGAGCUAAAGUCCACAAGUAAAGUUGCCAAGGUUGGAGACCCCUGACCUAAAUCUACAGAAUUCAGUUAAGUGUUAACUGACAAAUUAGAAGUAAAUGCUGUUUAGGCAGCUAUAAAUAAUGGCGCUUUUUCCCCGUGAAUCCAUAAAGUCCGGCCGCAAUGAAAGACAAAGUAAACCUACUCAUGUCCACAUACAGCAAAUUACACGGCACUCCUUCAUAAAAUUUGAGUAUCAUGUAUCUCUUGACUCAGAAUCUCCUGCCUCGUGGAAAUUGGAAUUCCCCGAGAUAAGAACUUCAGGAAACAAAAGUAAACAAGCAAAACACGAGGGCAGGACCCGCUCCAACGUGCAACACAACACCCGGUUUCACAAAACCGCGAAACUUGCAGACCCAGAAGACUCAGCCCUUGGGUGAGCGGUAGCGCGCAUGCCUGAAUCGGAGAAAGCGCGAGCGAACUACAAUCUCCAAGAGCCUCCUGCGACCUCAGCGAGCGGGCGUUGACAAGAAGCGGGCGCGAGGAUCGCUGGGAAAUGUGGUCCGCGUUUUUUCCUGAGGCAAACUCUUGAGGGGCGGGGCCCGGCGAAGCAUGUUACCUGACGCCGGCGAGGACGCCGCCGCUACCACUGGAAGCCGAGGAUGCCUCAGAGAACCGGGGAGCUGCCCCCGUUCAAGAAACCGAAGCUGGCGUCCACCACGCUGCCUCUCGCCUCUGGAUCGCGCCGAGCGAUGCUACUAACGACGCCGGGGACGAAACGCCACCCUUCGUCCUCCUCUUUGUCGUCGUCGUCAUCCUCCUCUUCCAUAGGGAUCGACAGCCAGCGACGGAGCCUGCCGAUUUUCCAAGCGCGGGGGACGCUGCUCGGGCAGCUCCGCACUUUGGACUGCGCGGUCCUGAUCGGGGAAACAGGUUCUGGAAAGACAACUCAGAUUCCACAGUAUCUCUACGAGGGGGGAAUUGGGCGCCAAGGAAUAGUUGCUGUGACCCAACCUCGUCGUGUAGCUGCUAUAUCCUUGGCUACUCGCGUCUCAGAUGAGAAGAAAAAUGAAUUAGGAAAAUUGGUUGGCUACACGGUGCGUUUUGAAGAUCUCACUUCUGAUGAGACAAAAAUCAAGUUCCUGACAGAUGGGAUGCUGCUUCGAGAAGCCAUUGGUGACCCGCUUAUGCAUAAAUACAGUGUGGUCAUUUUGGAUGAAGCACAUGAGAGGACAAUCCACACCGAUGUGCUCUUUGGGGUAGUCAAAGCAGCCCAGAAGAAACGGAAGGAGCUUGGGAAAUUACCCUUGAAAGUGAUUGUCAUGUCAGCUACUAUGGAUGUAGACUUGUUCUCCCACUACUUCAAUGGAGCACCAGUUCUUUACUUGGAAGGCAGGCAGCACCCCAUACAGAUUUUCUACACCAAGCAAUCUCAGAGUGAUUACCUCCAAGCAGCUCUAGUGACAGUCUUCCAGAUCCAUCAGGAAGCAACUUACUCUCAGGAUAUCCUGGUGUUUCUGACAGGCCAGGAAGAGAUUGAAGCAAUGACUAAAACUUGUCGGGACAUUGCAAAGCAUCUCCCAGAUGGUUGCCCUCAGAUGGUGGUCAUGCCCCUUUAUGCUUCUCUGCCUUAUUCACAGCAGCUCAGGGUCUUCCAGGUUGCGCCCAAGGGUUAUCGCAAAGUGAUUCUUUCCACCAACAUUGCAGAGACCUCCAUCACCAUUGCAGGCAUAAAAUACGUUGUGGACACAGGGAUGGUCAAAGCAAAGAAAUAUACGCCCCAAAGUGGCCUGGAGGUCCUGGCAGUGCAGCGAAUCUCAAAGGCCCAGGCCUGGCAAAGAGCUGGUCGAGCAGGGAGAGAAGAAAGUGGAUUUUGUUACCGCCUCUACACAGAAGAUGAAUUUGAGAAGUUUGAUAAGAUGACUGUACCAGAGAUCCAAAGGUGUAACUUGACCAGUGUGGUACUCCAUCUGUUGGCUCUUAGAAUCCCAAAUGUCCUUACCUUUGACUUUGUGUCAAAGCCAUCCCCAGAGGCGCUGCAGGCCGCCAUCGAGCAACUGACUCUCCUGGGUGCGGUGGAAAAGAAAGACGACCAGCUGAUCCUCACACCAUUGGGGAAAAAAAUGGCUGCAUUUCCUCUGGAGCCCAAAUUUUCCAAAACGAUCCUGAUGUCUCCCAGGUUCCACUGUACGGAGGAGAUCCUGACCAUUGUCUCGCUGCUCUCUGUGGACAGCGUCCUCUACAAUCCUCCUUCCCGUCGGGAGGAAGUCCAGGCCGUCCGAAAGAAAUUCAUCUCCAGCGAAGGGGAUCACAUCACUUUGCUCAACAUUUACCGGGCCUUCAAAAAUAUCAGUGGCAAUAGGGAAUGGUGCAAAGAAAAUUUUGUGAACAGUCGAAACAUGAUGCUGGUUUCAGAUGUUAGAGCUCAACUAAGGGAUAUUUGUAUAAAGCUUUCGAUACCCUUGGAGUCUUCCCGCUCUGAUACUGGGACUAUCCGCCGCUGCCUGGCCUAUAGCCUCUUCAUGUAUACAGCAGAGCUGCAGCCAGAUGGCACCUAUGCCACAACUGAUACUCAUCAGCCAGUGGCCAUUCACCCUUCUUCAGUUCUUUUCCAUUGCAAACCAGCCUGCGUUGCGUACAAUGAAUUGUUGCACACCAGCAAAUGCUACAUGAGGGACCUCUGUGUGGUGGAUGCUGACUGGCUAUAUGACGCGGCCCCCGAAUACUUCCGCCGGAAGCUCAGAGCAGCCAAGAAUGGACCUUAAGAUUGGGGAUAAGGAAAAAAAAAUUAGUUCCCUAUAGGACCUUGGAUUCGUGACUUUGGUAACUGAAUAUACAGGAAUGUUGCUAUACCGACAGAAGCGAGCUGGACCUCAUAAUAUUUCUUUCACAGUCUCUUCUGGAAUAGGAUCUUAAGUGGGCAUGUUCCACAUGCUGUACCUACCUAGAAGAGAUAAUAAGAGGCCACAGGCAGAUUUUGCAUCUCUGAAAUGCUUCGUGAUUAGCCCGCCUCUGUUUCCAUUCCAAAUGUAUGAUGAGGUUUCCAUAUAAGUAGUCCGCCUUGGUCUUCAGUCCUUUAGAAAGCAUGCCAUAUAAAGAAAAGAGAAACACAGAUGUUUUUAGGACAAAACUUGGUAAAUCUAUACAUUUUGAAAACUGCCUUGUCACAGACUUUCUCAGCACUGCAUCUUACCAUUACUAUGUAACGUGAGGAAAAAAAAAUAAUUUUAAAUAAUAUUUA